AUCAGCUCCUCACAAAGCUGAGCACCACUUCCUGCACAGCUUGGCAGAAUGGCUGGAGAACAAGAUUACUAUGAUUUUGAGAAAUUCGAUCUGGAUAGUGAAGAAAAGCAUCCGCAUUCUCGACAGCGUGCAGGUCAUGCUUUGAGGGACCUGAAUUAAGGUGGAGUCUGAGAUCUUUCCACCCUCAGGUCACAGGCUGUAACAGAGCAAUGAAAGGCAAUGCAUUCAAAUCAAUCUCCUCUGGAAAAGUACUCAUGUUCCUCAACUUCAUCGUUCUGGGCCUCAUCCUUAUGGUCCUGGUCACUGCAGUUAUUAAAUGGUCACAGAUGAAUAGCAGAGUGAAGGAGCUUCCACCACAAGCCCAGACUCAAAUUUCACAAGCACUGACAAACGUUUCGGAAAACUCAGACCUGAAAGAUUUCAAGCAGCAAGUCCAGGAUCAAGUGACACAGAUGAGUGAAGGAGUUUUGACAGAGUUUUUGCAGAAGAUCGAAAACUUCAUGAACACAUUAUCCAUGAAAAUCAAAAUGUUACCUGAACCUGCAUGCCAGAAACCUCAGUGCCCACAGCAUUGGAUAUAUUUCAAUGAGAGCUGUUACCUCUUUUCAACGAAAAGAAACACGUGGACCUCCAGCAAGAUGUACUGCUCCCUGCAACAGUCCUACCUUGUGAGCAUUAACACAGCUCACGAGCAGCAUUUUGUCACAGUAGAAAGUGACUCCAAAGAAUACUGGAUUGGCCUGGCUGACCAUAAAAUCGAGAACAACUGGCAAUGGGAAGAUGGCACAGAUUACGAGACAAAUCAAAAGUUUUGGUCUGAAGGAGAACCCAAUGAUGCUGGUAAUCAAGAGGAUUGUGCCCACAUGAAUGUAUACGGGCUAUGGAAUGACAAUGUGUGCUCUUCAAAAUUCUUCUUCAUCUGCGAGAAAAGAACCAAGCCAGACAAUCUUCCUGACGGGCAUCACAAUAAUACAGACAACACUCUCUGACCAGUUAGCGAGCCGUGCACAACUCUCCUCAAUGUGCCAAGUCACCCACAUUUGUCCAGCGUUACAACAGCAGUGACAUUUCAUAAGUAACAAUCAGCUUGCGGGUGUGAAAAAUGCUAUGGAAAUGGCAAGUCUUCCUAACCUCAAUUCCAUGUAAGCGCUGUCACACUGUGUAUUAAUGCAACAGUAGCCAGUGAGGUGCUUUCUAUAUCACAAACUGUUUGCAGGCUGUCUGCUUUCACAAUAUGUUUAUCUCACAGUUGAAUGGAUAAUUCAUUUUGUUUUGCUUUCUCUACCGUAACUGAUUUAUUCUUGUUGUAUUUCCACUCAGUUAA